CAAGCAGAGCGGGAGGCCGGACCGGGGAGCCAAGCGGCGGCGUUGGCUGCGGGGGCGACGGCGGCGGGGGUGGUAAUGGCGGAGCUGGUGCAGGGGCAGAGCGCUCCUGUGGGGAUGAAGGCCGAGGGCUUCGUGGACGCCCUGCACCGGGUCCGACAGCUGCUGACUCUUAAGUACCAGGCCUGGUGGUUCUCCCUCACCACAAAAGCUCCAGUGCCUCAAAAAGCCCAUCACACAAUUGCUGCUAAAAUUGAUUCAAUUCCUCACUUGAAUAAUUCCACACCUCUAGUGGACCCCUCAGUAUAUGGAUAUGGAGUACAAAAACGGCCCUUGGAUGAUGGAGUAGGUAACCAGUUAGGGGCCUUGGUACAUCAAAGGACAGUAAUAACAGAAGAAUUCAAAGUGCCUGACAAAAUGGUUGGAUUUAUUAUCGGCAGGGGAGGUGAGCAGAUUUCACGGAUUCAAGCAGAAUCUGGUUGCAAAAUUCAGAUUGCUUCAGAGAGUUCUGGGAUUCCAGAGAGGCCCUGUGUACUUACCGGAACCCCAGAAAGUAUUGAACAAGCCAAACGGCUCCUGGGACAGAUUGUGGACCGCUGUCGAAAUGGACCUGGCUUUCAUAAUGACAUAGACAGCAACAGCACAAUCCAGGAGAUUCUCAUUCCCGCAUCUAAAGUGGGUCUGGUCAUCGGCAGAGGAGGGGAAACAAUCAAGCAGUUGCAGGAGCGGACAGGAGUGAAGAUGGUCAUGAUCCAGGAUGGCCCGUUGCCCACGGGAGCAGACAAGCCUCUUCGUAUCACUGGAGAUGCAUUUAAAGUACAGCAAGCAAGAGAAAUGGUACUAGAGAUUAUCCGAGAAAAAGACCAAGCUGACUUUCGGGGUGUACGUGGUGAUUUCAACUCCCGAAUGGGAGGAGGCAGUAUAGAGGUAUCUGUGCCUAGGUUUGCUGUGGGCAUUGUAAUAGGAAGAAACGGGGAAAUGAUCAAAAAGAUCCAGAAUGAUGCUGGUGUGAGGAUUCAGUUUAAACCAGAUGAUGGGAUUAGUCCAGAAAGAGCUGCCCAGGUCAUGGGCCCUCCGGAUCGGUGUCAGCACGCAGCGCACAUCAUCAGCGAGCUGAUUCUUACAGCCCAGGAAAGAGACGGCUUUGGAGGCCUGGCAGCAGCCAGAGGAAGAGGUCGUGGCCGUGGCGACUGGAGCGUGGGAGCCCCUGGUGGCGUCCAGGAGAUAACAUACACGGUGCCAGCCGAUAAGUGUGGCCUUGUCAUAGGCAAAGGGGGUGAGAACAUCAAAAGCAUCAACCAGCAGUCAGGGGCGCACGUGGAGCUUCAGAGGAACCCCCCUCCCAACAGCGACCCCAACCUGCGGAGAUUCACCAUCAGGGGGGUUCCCCAGCAGAUCGAGGUGGCCAGGCAGCUCAUAGAUGAGAAAGUUGGCGGGACCAAUCUCGGAGCACCUGGAGCCUUCGGACAGAGUCCCUUCAGCCAGCCACCUGCCCCACCUCAUCAAAAUACCUUUCCUCCGAGGAGCUCCGGGUGCUUCCCAAACAUGGCUGCCAAGGUGAACGGGAACCCCCACAGCACCCCCGUGAGUGGUCCUCCGGCCUUUCUGACCCAGGGCUGGGGCAGCACCUACCAGGCGUGGCAGCAGCCCACACAGCAGGUCCCAAGCCAGCAGAGCCAGCCGCAGAGCAGCCAGCCCAACUACAGCAAGGCCUGGGAAGACUAUUACAAAAAACAGAGUCACGCCGCCAGUGCUGCUCCUCAGACCAGCUCCCCACCGGACUACACAAUGGCCUGGGCAGAAUAUUACAGACAGCAGGUCGCUUUCUACGGACAGACGUUAGGGCAGGCACAGGCCCACAGCCAGGAGCAGUAGGACAGUGUCCUCGUGGCCAACUUUCCCUCAAAAUCAUUGUCAAAGAAAACCUGUUUGUAACAGAGGUUUUUACAUUUGCAAACCUUUUGAUGAAGAACCAUUGUUUUGUUCUGUGAAACACUAUAUUUAGAUUAACGGAAUUUUUCUAAAAAUCAGGAAAAUUAGUUACUAAAAAUUGCUGAUCAUUUUUGUUUCAUUAUUUUCGUUAUUUCAAAUGUAUAAGCUCUGGGGUUCUUCUUGGAGCAAUACCUACAAAGUCAGGCGCCGGAACGGGCCUCAGAGCUGCGACAUUUCAACACGAUGGUUUCGGGUUUGUUUGGUUUUGUUUUGUGUCCUUUUUAUUUGCAGUUUUUUCUGUUGCAACAGAAAGUGGCUUGGAAGUCUUAGGUGGUCUGUAACAAAUUCUUUUUAAAAAUUUUAAAGCAGUAUUUAAGUAUUCUUAAAUGUGUAAAUUCAUUUAAUGUUUUACUUCUAAUUUGUUGUAUCUUGGCUGUCUGGUUUUAUUGCAUUUUUUAAAAACUGAACUAUUAUGUAUUGUAAUGAGUGAUGUGAAUUCUGAAUUGAGACAGAUAAUUGUAUUGCUGUCCAACAGGGGUUGGGAGGGGCAUUUUGUAGGGUUUGUAUAAUUUCUAGAGUUCUAAAGGGGUAAUAUAAAAAUGUGUUCGUGUGUUUAGCAUACGUUUGUUUCAUGUCUCCAUUACCAGUCGCAACUGUGUUAUCUAAGACCUCCAAGCUUGUUUUUAAAACAAAACAAAAAACCUUUCUCUAUUCUCUCAGAAAUAUAAAUACUGUUAUUUUUAAUAUUAAGAAAUUCAGUAUAACUUUUAACACACACUGUGGAACAUUAAACCGUAUAAAAAUGUAGUUAUAACUAUUUUUAAUUCCAAGGUGUUGUUUGCUCUUUUCUUUUAAAUAUUUUCGUAAUAUUUUGUCAGAUUAACUAGAUGAAUAAAUUAGUAUUAACCGCAUUAUGAAUUAAAUAAUUUUGAUUUAAUAAAAGGGAUAAUAUGAUUUCCAGUGUUUACUGUAGUGUAUCUUGUACAGAUAACAUGUAUUUUUAAAGGAAAAAAAACGGAAUUGAAGCUAUUUUUUCUUGCAUUUCUAAUGACCUGAGGGACAUUCCGUUUGAAAUGUACUGAAGUUACAGUUUCUGGUUUUUCUCCUUAUUUUUCUUAUAAUGCUUGAAAUGUCUAACUAUUAAAAAAGACAAUUGGAAAAUGUUAUGCAUGUGGUUUUUAAGAAAAAAAGUGUUCUUUUUAUUUGACUGACAAUUCAUUUUACACUCUAUAUAAUAAAAUUUCCACAAGACAUCUUGUGGGCAAAGUC